GGACCUGCUGAGACCAUGGUGGUCACCCAUCUGGAGCUGGAGCUGUGCUACCAAGGGAAGAAGCUGAGAGGCUUCACCUGUAAGCUGACCCGCUCCCCCUAUGGCUACUUGCCUGAGAGUUCCUGGCUCAUCGCAGCCCAGAUCCUACUGCCCUUCCUGGUGGCCGGCCUGGGCAUGGUGGCGGCGGGCAUAGUCAUGGACGUGGUGCAACACUGGGAGGUGUUUAAGGAGAUCACAGAGGUGUUUAUCUUGGUGCCAGCCCUGGUGGGACUUAAAGGCAACCUAGAGAUGACACUGGCAUCCAGACUGUCUACAGCAGCUAACACUGGGCAGAUGGAUGACCCGAAGCAGCAGUGGAGGAUGGUGUGUAGCAACUUGGCUCUUAUUCAGGUCCAGGCAACAGUGGUGGGUUUCCUGGCUGCGGUAGCCGCAGUGGGGUUGGGUGCGUUGACCAGGGGUCAUGUAGACUUUCUACAGGCUGCUGUCCUAUGUGGCAGUAGUGUCACCACAGCCUUUGUAGCUGCCCUGUCCUUGGGACUAGUGAUGGUGGGAGUGAUCAUUGGCUCCAGGAAGGUGGGCAUCAACCCUGACAAUGUGGCCACACCCAUCGCCGCCAGCCUGGGGGACCUCAUCACCCUCUCUCUGCUGGCCGGGGUCAGCAGCUUCCUCUUCAGGUUCAAAGAGAUGUGGUACCUGCCUGUGCUGGUGUGUGGCUUCUUCCUGGUUCUCAUCCCGCUGUGGGUGGUCAUUGCCCGGCGCUCUCCUCCAAUUAGAGAGGUCCUGAGGUCUGGGUGGCAGCCCGUCAUCGUGGCCAUGUCCAUCAGCAGUAUCGGAGGCCUUAUACUGGACAAGACCAUGAGUGACCCGAACUUUGAGGGCAUGGCGGUGUUCACCCCAGUAAUCAACGGUGUGGGAGGUAACUUGGUGGCCAUCCAGGCCAGCCGCAUCUCCACCUACCUCCACUACUGGAGCAUGCCUGGGACCCUGCCUUCCAAGAUGGCACAACACUGGCCUGGCCCCUGUCUGACCUUCUGCUCCUCAGGAGUCAACUCCAAGUCAGCGAGAGUUCUGGUCUUCUUGGUGGUUCCGGGUCACCUGCUCUUCCUCUACACCAUCCACUUACUGAAGGGCGGCCAUGGCGCCCUCACGUCUGCCUUCGUCUGCCUUUACCUGUGUGCAGCCCUGCUACAGGUGGUGAUUCUGCUGUACACGGCUGACCUGAUGGUGCGCUGGAUGUGGCGGCGGGGGCUGGACCCGGACAACUACUCUAUCCCGUACCUCACGGCUCUGGGGGACCUGUUGGGGACUGGCUUCCUGGCCCUGACAUUCAGAGCCGUUCUAUUGGGCAUUUCCUCUGGGAUGAAGGGGGUUUGAGAGAAGGGGCUAAUCCAUUUCUGUCCAACAUGGUCUUAUUGAAUAUAUUAAAAUAGAGUAAUUUAGCUAUUGUAGGUAUAUGUCAGUUAUGCUGACAUAUUAUAUGUUGUUCUGUUCAUCCAUUAGCAACUCUGUUCAGGUCAUAUUUAAGUGAUAAUGCCCGAGAAGCCAAUGUUCAGAGGAUAUAUUGGCAGGGGUGUUGUUAGGCCCGAGACGAAAUGCCAAUACAUCCUCCAAACACCGGCUUCGAGGACAUUAUCACUUUUAAACAACAGGUUACCAACAUAUUCAUAUAAUGAUUGACAUAUAUUCAUUAAAAACAUAUUUUUUAUGAAUUUAUUCAUACCAUUUCAUCCUUCAACAAGAUAUAAUCCCGACACAAAUCUAGGGUUGCUACCCAAGCUGUUCUAUCGGUUCGGGUGCCAGAGACGCGACCCAGUCGUUCGUUCUAAAUGUUCCACUGCCAUACUGGCUGG